GAACCGCAAGCCUCACCAGCUCAGGUUUUCUCCGUCUACUACACGACAUGUGUUCUUUCAGCACGGCAGUAAUCACAUUAUGUCUUCGGGAGGCUGGACAUACGUUGGGCCCCUUCCAGCACUUAUCAUUGUCAUAUUCCCCAUGAAGGCCCAGAUAACAAAUGGCUGUCAUUGUUACCAGAAGAGCGCCAUUAUUGUCGACUUGUCAAAGUUCGCGGUAUAAAUAGUUCGUUUUUUCCACUCGAAGAAGAAGAAUCAUCAACAUACACAUCGACAACAUCCCCUCUACACCCACACUCUCCCAAACCAAGUUCUCUCGGCAUACACAUCCGUACCCAUCCCAUCCCACUCACCUUCGCUCACAACGGGUCAACUCUCCGAUCUCCGAGCUAUGACUCUCGCUUCGUCCUCCAAUCUGCGCCUGUGUUUCGUUUGCCGCGGUGCGCCGAAGCCCAGCUGUUACCGCAAGGGUCAUAUCAACUUGUGCCCUCAGUGCAAGAACAUGUUUUCCGGCACCCGCGAGGAAUGUCCUCACUGCAAUCCCCCAACUGACAAGUUUCGUCCUACCAUGACGAUCAAGAACCCCGAGACCCCUAUGCCCCAGACCCCCCAGCUCACUGUCACUGCCAAGAUGGUGUACGCCGACGGCCCGGAUCGAACAAUGAAGGUUGACGAGGUCAAGGAGGUUGAGGCGACCGAGCCUUCGGCUUCUGUGUACGAGGCUGUUGAGGAGAGCUGUAUUGUUGACGAGGAAGAUGAUGUUCCUGUGACUGACGACGAGCCGGUCCCUGAGGAAAUUGAAGAUUCUGAGAGUCUUAAUGACGAAGAGGGUGUGUCGACUCCUGUUGAGGAGUCCCCUGCUGAGGAGGUUCCUGUUGAGGUGGUUCCCGUUGAGGCUGUUCCUGCUGAGGACGCUUCUGCCCCGAAGACCUUUGAAGAGAAGCUGUCUCAGUUGAGUCUGAUUCCCGAUCGCGAGACCGAAGCCGAGCAAGAGCCCAACGACAGUGAGGUUGAAGUGAUCCCCGACACUCCCGAGGAUGCAUUUUUUGUGACUGAAAAGAUGAUGCGGGAGUUGAGCCAGCCCCGACAGGACUGCGAGGAGGUUGUAGAAAAGCCCGUCCAGACAUCCGCUCUGCCAGCGAAGAACGGAGUGACCCGGGGAAAGUCUGUCAAGCACCUUGCAGCUCAGCUUAACCAGACUUCUGAGACUUCCUCGUGCGGCCGAUGCUCAGUCCAUGGCAAGCGGGCUGCUCAGGCCUGUGAGAAGAAGGCAGAGUUUCAUCGUCCUGCGCUGACCAAGACCAAGACUGCUCGCGCACCUCACCAGAUCCGAGGAUCGGGUGACGAGUCUAACGAUGAGCUUGGUGAGUGCUUCUAGAUGGCCAUCCAAUUAUACUUUCGAAGUUUCAUUUGUCUGGGCUUCUGGGUUGAGAAUGAGCUGUGAUCUCUUAUGCUGUAUGGUG